CUUCAUCAUUUUGGAUUUUACUGUAUUGUUUUAUAAAAUAUUAAUCGAUCGAAACGGGUUUAGACAAAUGAGACUAUGCGAAUAUUUAAAUGUCAAAUGAAUAUCAAGGUAAUGGCAAAGUAAUGAUGUUUUGAUACCGACUCUGAAGAUCCAAAUUUGUACAAUCAUCGUGGUAAUAUUUUAUGUUUCCAUAUUCCUGCCACUACCUCUUUUUAUAUUUCUUGUUUGUCAUCCUAUUUAUUUUCAACCCAAGAGUAUUAUAAAAAACAUCAAAAAAUUCCUACGUUUACAAACAUUCUUUAGACUUUGGAGCAAAACACCCAUUAGAAAAUGACUUAAAUAUCUGAGGCUUAGUACAUCAUUUAACUAAAAUUUUAGUGAUACACCAUUCAUUACAAAUUCUUUUUAACGAUUGGCAUAUAUUUGUUUAAGAAGAUUUGAGUGAUUUUUAAUUAAUAAAAAUAUAUUUAAUUUGUUAGUAGAUUUUAACACAAUUUUCAAUGUUUUUAACCCAGACCGGACCGGAUUAAACUGCGAAACGGAGACCAGUCCAAGUUGGGUUAAUAGCAAAACCAACUAAAGUUGAACCGGUUAAAAGUCAGUAUUAAACCGUUAAAAAUUUGAAACUGACGAUCUAAUGAACCGGCCAAGUCAAGGUUCGUAAACCAAAAUUUUGUUGAUAAAAUACCUAACUUUUUUUCUUUUAAAGUAAAAAUAAAGUUUGUAAAAAUUAAUAAAGCAAUGCCGUAACUAGUUUUUUACCACUCACAAUUCUCAAGAUUCAAACCAUAAUCUUCAAGUCUAGAUAUUGUUUAUUUAUACUUCUCAUUUUAUUUAAAUAUUAUUACAUGACACUUAUGUUGAAGAUUUUAAUAAUUCAAACAUUGAAGUUCAUAAAAUUCUAAAUUUGUAUAAAAGAAAAUGCAUUGUACUUACUUUUUCUUCUCAUUACACGAACAAAAAAACAUAUUUUACAUGAAUUGUUUUAAAAGUAAAGAAGAUUUGGAGUGAUGAUAACCUCGAGAACAAAGUUUAAAUGUGUUUUUCUUAUUAACUUUUUAUUUUAACAAUUAAAUUAUUUUAUAAAUUUUUAUUAAAUUUAUAGUUUUUCUUAAAAAAAGUUUUGGUUACAGAAUUUUUUAUUUAAUAUGAUUUUUUUUGUAGAGGAUAUAUAUAUUAUUUAUAAAAUAUCAUUAAACUGAAUUUGGUAAUCCGAUCGAACGAUAUUGACCCAUGACCAAAAAAAUUUCCAGUUAAGUUACCGGUCCAGUUUUUAAAAUAUUGCUAUUUUUCUUAUAUAUAUAUAAUUUAAAAUAUUUUAAUUAUAACAAAACUAUUUUCUUAUAUUUUGAAGAAAAGACAAAUAAAACAUUUGGGGCCUCGUUCAUUUUUAUAAAAGCCCAAAAAGUAACAAAAACGCCGGCACGUGGUAACUCAGGUGACAGGUGAUGGCUCCAAUUGGGGCCGUUAUCUGGGUCCCACGUGGGAACCCACGUGUAAGAAAGCAAAGGAAGCCCCCCAUCAUCCUCUUCGCAUUUUCCUUCCCCUAACCAAAACUCCGUGCUUGCACCAAACAAAUCUCUUCUCCCCCUCCUCCUAAACUGUGUGUAGACUCUCUCUCUCUCUCAUUACAGCAAAACAAAGAUUCUUUAAUCGUAAGUUUUUUCGAUUUCUUCUCGUUUUCAGUUGCAAUGUUGCUUAAUUUCUGAUACCUAUGGAUGCUUGGUUUCAUUUACACAGUCAUUUUGCUGGAUCCAAAACAAACAACACAGGGGAGAACAUGAGUCUGUGUAGCGACGGAUUAUCAAGCGAUCCCUACUUCUUGGUUAAUUUCAUAAUGAGCCAUUAUAUAGGUCCUGACGUGUUUUCAGAUAUCCCAAGAUGCUCUGCUUCUCAAAGACUAUCCAAACGCUUGCCUCCUUACACCCCCAAGCAAAUCGGAUCCUCCUCUCUAACCAUUGCUCAGCUACAGAACUUGUACUAUUACGUUCUCAGAAACGCUAGCUCCUCCCUCCUCCUUCAUCCUGACAUGGUUCUUAUGUACCUCAAGGGUUAUCUACCUAUGGAACCUAGUGGAGAGCUUCAUCAGUUCACUCAUUAUUUCCCUACGAGUCUCCACCCGCAGAAAAGGUAUUCCCCGAGUCUCGAGAUUGUCAAGGGCAUUGUUGUUAUUGAUGAUCCUGCUCUUGCGUUUAUAAGCGAGGAAGAGGUCCAGAGAUUCAGAUGCUUGUCGCGUUUGGAUGAUCUUAGAAUAGAUAGGGUCGUGUCUUUGUCUCCUCGACCUGUCAAGCUUCUGGAUGAAAGCCGAGAAACCGAGAAGGAGUGUUUAAGUAAUGGGGAAGUGACAUUAAAUGGACUUGUCAGUGACCAAGAACUUCAAGACAGUAGUAAAAGAAAGAAAGAGGAGGAAGCAGUUGCUGGUGAUGCUGUUUGUGUAAUCAGUGAUCAUAUCCCAGAAGGACUUUCAGGAGACAUACCACAAAGAAAGGGAACGGAGCAGGAGGAAGCGAUGUCCAAUGGACUUGUCACUGACCAAGACUGUAACUCAUCUGCUGAGCCUCUAGAAACAUGCAAGAGGAAGAAAGAUGAAGAAGAAGAAGUUUCUGCUCAAGCUUCUUGUGGUGUCAUCAGCAAGACCCCAGAAAGAUUUCGAGAGACUUACAAGAGAAGACGGUUCAAAAACUCAUCAACAACAGCAACAAACAACAAGAAUGGAGAAACUCUUAUGGAAAGAGACAAAACAGAUCCGCCACUUGUAAUUGUUCCUCCUGAGAUGAAGGAAUGUGAUGAAGAACCAACGGUUGUAACUAAAGGAACAGCAAGUAGAGGAACAUCCAUUGGUGUUGUCGACAUUGGCGUCAACAACGUUGCUUACUUUUUCCAGGUGGCUCUGCCCGGUGUCAGCAAAGAGAACGAUAAGUUCAGCUGUGAGAUUAAAUCAGAUGGAAAGGUUAUACUUGAGGGAUCAACCACAACAGGACAGAAGACGAUAGAGAGGCAUUCUCGUGUUUUCAAGAUGAAUAGCCGGACGCUGUGGCCUCCUGGACCGUUCAAGCUGUCCUUUAACCUCCCAGGACCAGUUGAUCCGCGGUUUGUCUCUCCUAACUUCAGAUCAGAUGGUAUCUUCGAGGCUGUAGUCAUCAGACAGAGAGACACUACCUAAGCCAGAGGUUUCUUCAAGCUAAGUAACACUAGGAUCUCUGUUAAUCUUUUUGUGAAUGGGAUAAUAGAAACUAGGCCCAAUCAAAAACAGACAUAUCUCUCAAUUUUUUUGGACAUGAAGCUGUUGCUUUUGCUAACUAGCCCUCUUCCCACUA